AACCCUCACACCCCAUGCCCCGAGGGCAGGGGGACCGGGCUGGGCCGUGCUGGCUCCCGAGUCAUGUCCUCUAGGACCACUGGGGGCCAGCUCCGGGGGGCAGGGUCCCCAGGCCGUCCCAAGGCCGGCUGGCCCUGCGUGGUCCCCUGUUCUGGAGGCUGGCGGGCCCCGAGGAGCAGUGGCGACAGCCUUGGGGUAGACGGCCGGCCGGGGCCCCUCCUCCUUCACCCCAGGAGGAGCGCGUGGGGCCCCCAUCACCCCCAGAGGAGCCUGCAGUUCUCCUGAGCAGGCCUCCCGGGCCCCAGCCCCUGUGGUGGAGCAUCUGCCUCCCCUCGGCUGGGCCGCGGAUGGGCGUCUGCGCCCACGGGUGGUGAGUGUGGCGAGGCUAGCCCAGGGUGUCGGCCGGGCGUCCCUCAAAGCCAGAUGAGCUGUGGCCUUCCUCCUGUGUGCCUCCGGGGCUUUACUCCCUGCCUGUGGGGGACCGCAUGUGUGGCCCGACCCCUGUGGGAUCCCCCAGGUGUGGAGGUGGGCCACGUGGUAGGAUGCCGAGAGUGGGGGCCCUCCCGGCCACGUGCCCAUGCCGUGCCAGGACACGGGCCUGUGUGUGGCGGGGUGGCUUGUUGGGGCUUCCCUGUGGGACACCUGCCCGCCAUGGGGCCUGUGAACCGCAGCCCCCGAGAUCCGUGUGGGGCGGGGUCCGGGGCGCAGAGCUCGGCGCCCACCGGGGGUGGGUCCUGGGUCCCAGCCCUGGCACCGCAGUCAUAGGCCCUCCCCACAGGUGGCUUUGCCCCCCUUGCUGUGCGGCCUAGGACCCUGGGCUCCUCCUCCCCCCAUCCCCUGACCCCCAGGUUCCGGUCCAGGGUCUUAAGGUUGAGGUCAGCACCGGUCUGGGUGAGAGGGAGGGACUCCCAGCGCAGUGGCAUCUGUGGGGCGCCUGGCUGAUCGGGCACCCACGCCCCGCGGGCCUGGGGGCCGGCUGACCCUGCCCUGAGGGCCUCUCAUGGGAGGGGAAGGGCCCGGGCUGAGGGGCUUCCGGAGGGUCCUGCAGGUUCCUGUGGGCCCCAAACUGCCCUCCUGGGCUCUCUGCCACAGGCCGAGCAGCAGCAGGGCAGCCGGAGAGGGGCCCGGGGGUAGGGGAGACCCAGGAGGCAGACACCCGGCCCCCUGGCAGCCACGUGGCCACAUGGGAGGUGCACUGCCGCUCAUGCCAGGCUCUCCCCAGCGCCUGCUGGGUUGAGCUGGGGCUUCAGGGCUCACCGAGAAGGCCGGGUGCCCCUGUGCCCAGCGGCAGCCUGAGGCAGGGCCCUGCUGGGGGUGGGGGAGCCAGUGCAGGAAGGAGGGAGGGGACACAUGGGGUGGGCACCUGCCAGAGGGGGCUGUUGUAGCAGGGGCAGGCGGGGACUUCAAGCAAGGCCACCGGCCCGGAGCAGGUCCUGGGGGUCAGAGCCGCUGCAGUGGGGGCUGUGCUGGGUCCUCUGUGCCCAGGGGCAGGUUCUGGGCAGGGGGCUUGAGACCCGGCCCUGGGGAUGGAGCUGCAUCUGCUGGGUUCCUGCGGGCUACGCAGGGGCGAGGGGAGGCUGGUGUGCUGGGAUGAGAAGGCCCGUGCGGGUUUCCACCUCCCCUGCCCACGCUGACACAGGCCAUCCUCCCCAGGAGGCUGGCCCCAGCCCCUUCCUGGCCCCCAGGCCCAGCAGAACGCUCCCUCGCAGUUGCCAGGGACAAGAUGUGGAAUGUCGGAGGCCCCUCUGCGGGGGCCUCGCCCUCCCGCCUCACACAGGCUGGGCCAGAGUCCUGCCACGAAGCCUCCAGGCUGCCCUGUGCUCUCACACCCUCUCGGGGCCUGUGUGUCCCCAGAGUCCCUGGAACAUGUGUUCCAGGCGUGUGUGUGCUCCAGUGUGCCUGUGCUCCUGGUUUGUGUGUGUGCUCCAGGCGUGGGUGUGCUCCAGCUUUGUACAUGGGCGGCAGUGUGCAUGUGCUCCAGGUAUGUGUGUGCUCUGGUUUGUGUGUGUGCUCCAGGUUUGUACGUGUGCACCAGUGUGCAUGUGCUCCAGGUAUGUGUGUGUUCCAGGCGUGGGUAUCCUCCAGCUAUUUGUGCUCCAGGUGUUCAUAUACCCAGGUGUGUGCUCCAGGUGUGUGUUCCAGCUAUGUAUGACCCAGGUAUGCAUAUGCUCCCGCUGUGUGUGCCCCAGGUGUUCAUAUACUCAGGUGUGUGUGCUCCAGGUGUUCAUAUACUCAGGUGUGUGUGCUCCAGGUGUGUGUGUUCCAGCUGUGUAUGCCCCAGUUGUCCAUAUACUCCCGCUGUGUGUGUUCCAGGUGUUCAUAUACUCAGGUGUGUGUGCUCCAGGUGUCCAUAUACUCCAGCUGUGUGUGCCCCAGGUGUUCAUAUACUCAGGUGUGUGUGUUCCAGGUGUGUAUGUACUCCAGGUGUGUAUGUACUCCAAGUGUGGUUGGGAAAAUAGCAGAACGUUCCUGCAGCAGGUGGGACAAGCUGCUCUCCCAGGCCCUUCCCUGCUGUGGCCUUGUGGGCCCUGCACCUCCCGCCCCCUGUGAGGCCUGGUCCAUGCUGGGGCUCGGAGAUGGAAGGGAGGAAGGACCGCAGGAGGGGACAGUGGUGUGGGUUGACCGGACCCAGCCCCAGAUGUGCUCUGCGGUUGCCUCCUCCUUCAGGGCGGGGUGUGGGGGCCUAGCCCCGUUCCAUGAGGAGAGGCCGCAGUCUGGCAAAGGAUGACAGGGGUGGGGGGGGUCCAAGGGAAGCGGCCAGGGCUGUGGGGCGGGCUCUG